AUGGCUGGCACUGCACUCGCACAAGCUCGUCCACGCCAGCGUGUCCUGGGCUGCGCGGUCGUUUCGCUUCUUCUUGCCGUGACUGCGGUCCUGGUAGCACCUGGGUUGUCGCAGACGACCACAACCACCCAGGCACUGUGUCGCCCCCUGGUGUCCUGCCCUGAUGAUGCCUCAGGGCCAUGCCUUCCUGUCGGGUGUCCGGAGCACCAAUCGCUGUGUGAAGAAGCUCAGCAUGCACUGCAACAGCUUGCCUCGUCGUCUCCGCAGGACACGGCUUGGAAGGACGCCACCGCCCGCCCCUUCCUUACCAUCAGCAUCAUCACACGGACAACACACGCCCAUGCUUCGGCGCCCAACCACGGCAAGCCACCACCACACCUCAGCCACAACCAACAACAGCAACAACAACAACAACAACAACAACAACAACAACAACAACAACAACAACAACAACAACAACAACAACAACAACAACAACAACAACAACAACAACGGCAUGGCCAUACAGCACGGCAGCAACGCCAACGACAGCAGCAACAGCAAGACCAGCAAGACCAACAAGACCAGCAAGACCAGCAAGAACAGCAAGACCAGCAAGACCAACGCCAGCCACCACAGCCAACGGGAACCGCAAGUGAUACAAUCACCUGCACGCUGGGGAACGUUCAGCGAGGCGAGUGCGCAGUGGGCAGAGACGACCCGUUCCACCUCUUUCUGUAUCUCGACGAGGAUACCUGCGAGUUUGCCGACGACCUGCCCAACCAGGAACAACUCACAACGACAACCACAACAACACCACCAGCCAAUACCACAGCAGGGGGGCCAUCAGCACCACGGGCGACAACUACUGCAGGAACAACCACAACCGUAACGCGCACUCGCACAGAAAACGACACAACACCAAGUCCUCACCCUGAGCCCAUGCAUGACGCACGCGCUGCUGCUCGGGCCAUUGCAGAGUUUGCUGUUGAACUGACGCUUGUGGGCCCUCGCGACUUCAGAGACCUCGAAUGUGUGUUGGUGCGCAACCCGCAUCUGUGGCAACACAUUAAAGUCAUCCACAUCCAACAGUACAGGAGUGCCUCACUCGACUUUCACGUGUUUGCAGACUUACCAGACCUGCGUGAGCUGAACAUGCAGCAAAACGACAUUGUCUUUCUGUCCAACAGGCAACGGUUGCGUUUGCCGCUCACCACCAUCAACCUCAACAACAACCUCGUGACUGCAGUGGACGAUGCUUUCCAUGACUUUACGCGCCUCCAACGCCUCUUCCUCCGCCACAACCAGAUCACCUCGCUUCAAGGGCUGCACUUCCUCAACAACAUCACCACCCUCAACCUGGCGAACAACGGCAUCGCCACUGUGGAGCACUCGGACUUUGAGCCGCUCGCGCACCUGCGAGACUUGCAUCUCGACGGCAACGUCAUCACCACAAUCGACGAUCACGCCUUCUCCAACCUGCCAGACCUGCGUGUGCUCAACAUCGCCAACAACCCCAUCCAAGAGCUCCCGCGCACCAUGCUCAGCUCGCAGUCCAGGCUGACCACCCUCGACGCCUCCUCCCUGCGACUGUCUUCCCUCCCACCAAACCUCUUCUCCUCCACCACCAUGUUGGAAACCCUCUUCCUGCAAAGCGGGCGCAUCAGCGUCAUCGACGAAGCGGUCUUCGACGGCCUCGUCAACCUGCUGCACCUGGACUUGGCCAACAACAUGCUCACCGAGCUGGUGCCCGAAGUCUUCCACAAGCUCGAGCGCCUCGACACGCUCUUCUUGCAGGCGAACCAACUCACGUCGCUUGCCACCGGCGUCUUUUCCGGCCUCGGCAACCUCACCAGGCUCAACCUGGCCCAGAACCACAUCAGCAAGCUGCCCACCAAGUUCCUUCGUGACGCGAGCAGGCUGGAGGAGCUCAGCAUCGGCGACAACAACUUCCGCUCCCUGUCCACGGAGCCGUUUGAGUUCCUGGCCAGCCUGAAGCACCUGCUGUGCGCGCGCAGCGGCAUCACCGCCAUCGACGUCUCCAAGCUGCGCAACCUGCAACUGCUCUACCUCGACGAGAACCCGAUUCAGCAGAUUGAGGGCCUGGAGCAGCUGUCCAACUUGCACACCCUCAGCAUGAACUGGCACCGGCUGGCCGAUGUCCGCUUGGACGUCCUACGCAACAACCACAACCUCACCACGCUGCAGGUGGCGGCGCAGAUCGACCCGGGCGCAGAUCACGUGCACAGCACCCUCGUCUACGACAGCAACAUCCUCGCCUCCCUGCAGCACAGCAUGCGCAACCUGAAGCACCUGGACGUACGCGCCAUGGUGGUGCCGGACCUCCUCCCGUUCCAGGGCAUUCGUUUGCGGAGCUUUGGCAUUGGCUGGCCAGGCCUGCACGACAAGAACCCGCUGCUGUCAGAUCUGCGCGACAUGCUCGACGAUGAGGUGGAGGAGCUCGCCAUCACGCACACGGGGCUUUCGUCAAUCGCGCUGCCUCGCAGCAAGCUGUACGAGAGUGUGCAGCUCCAGAGCAACGUGGCCCUUACCACGUUUGAAGUCGACCGUGAUGUGAGGCACCUCAAUGUGUCCGGCUGCUCGCAGUUGGACACCAUCCACGCAGCCGAAAUUGACGUGCUCGACAUCAGCGGCACGCGCGUGCCUGUCAAAACCAUGAUCUGCACCAUCUGGGGCACGCGCGCCCUCUUCGCCCGCAACAUGCGCAACAUGACGACUGCACCGAAAGUGCACUUCCUGGAGAUGAUUGAGCGGUGCUUGAGCGUGGCGCUUGUGGUGGACAUGAGCGACAACCCCUGGCUGAACAACCUCGACGUCAUGCGCGCCGCAACCGACGAGCUGACCGGUGUCUCCCAGCAGUCCCUCACCACGCUAAGUGGCGUGACCCUGCCGAACCGCGACCACAUUCCCAUCCUGUCUCUUGGCGACACGCCCGUCGAGUGCAGGCUGCAGCUGCACAGCCUGCGCGCCCGCAAAGGCGAGGCGACGUCGCUGACGUCCGAGGUUGGCUACACCCACGAAUGCCGCUGCGCCAGCGGGUACCGGCGACGCGGCGAGCGCUGUCACAAGAAGCGCGCGCCAACGCUGGAGAUUACGCUGGGCGUGCUGUUUGCCGUCAUGCCCUUGUGCAUCUACGUCACGCGCCUUGGCUAUCGCCGCCGCAUGCGCAGAUUCCGCAAGCAGCGCGACCUGGACCAGGCGUUGCUGGUGGAGAAGGAUGCCGAGGUACUGGCACUCAAGUCCGGGUGGGAGAUUGACUACGACCAGCUGAGUUUCCUCGACCCCAUUGCCAGCGGCGCCUUUGGUGAUGUGUGGAAGGCCGAGUGGGACGCCUUGCUUGUUGCUGUGAAGGUGCUCAACCACAGCGUGGCGCUGUUUGACGCCAGCACGCAGGUGGAGUUUGAGAAGGAGGUUUCCUUCCUGCAGCGCACACGCCACCCACACGUGGUGCGCUUCUUCGGGGCGGGUUCAACCCCAGAUGAGUCGCCGUUCAUGGUGCUGGAGUUUGUGCCCUUGGGCUCGCUCAAGGACCUGCUCAAGCGUGAUCUGCACGAGGUGUUGGCAGACAAUGCCAUGCGGCACCACAGCGUCGGGUCUUCCUUCAGCAGUGGAAACAUGGACGUGGACGAGGAGCAAGGCCUGAUUGUUGUGAACAAGCGUGAUUCCAUGAUGGCCGGCGAAAUUCACUUCACCUCCGUGUGGGAGCUGAAGCAGCGCCUGGCUUGCGACGUCGCAUGUGGCAUGGCCUUUAUCCACAGCCUCGACCAGUUCCACAGGGAUCUGAAGAGCGGAAACGUGCUUGUGUCAAGCAAGCUGCGCGCAAAGAUUUCGGAUUUCGGGUCCGUGCGCCAGAAGCUGUCUGCUGAGAUGCCCAGAACUGAGGAGGGACCCGAGGAAUUGCCGUAUUCGCAGCAGCUGGGCGGGCAGACCCUCAAACUCAGCCUAACGGUUGGCGUCGGCACGCCCUUGUACAUGGCGCCGGAGGUUCUCGCUGGUGGGGAUUACGACAGCAAGGCCGACGUGUUCAGCUUUGGCGUGCUGCUGUGGGAGAUUGCCAUGCAACGCACACCAGACAUCAUCAAGCAAGAGUAUCCCAAGUUCCGCGGACCAAUGCUGCUGACAUUGGAAGCAUUGCUCACCUCCGGCAAGCGCCUUCGUUUUGACGAUCCAGAAGGCGCCAUUCCGCAGUGGUACCAGGACUUGGCGCUGGAGUGCAUGGACGGGGAAGCAAGCGAAAGGCCACCUUUUGACACGUUGCGCGACAAGCUUGCCUGA